UUUGGUUGAAACUUGGAAGUUGAGUUCACUGUCGUGACCGUCGAGCGGGCGUAAGUAUGAUGUACCGUCAGCAGACCUACACACAUGUGACACACUAGUUACUCGGGCCACACUUACCAACACGACAGUUGACCAAAUUUACCAGUCACGCCAACUGACCACCAGCUGUCUAGGUGUGUCCAAAAACAUCUAUGUGUCACCAAUCAUUCGUUUAGCCUAGCCAGCUUCACAUAAUGUAUUAUAGGCCUAUGGGACUUCAUCAUGUCCGUUCCAUGAAUGUAGGAACUUGAACCACGGGAUGGCUCUCUCUGGCUAGAGAGGUAGGCAGACCAUAGAGCUUGUAGAGUUUGUAGCUCUAUGGGCAGACCGAGAAGCCCUGUAGUAGUCAGGACUCUUAAGGGGUCGUUCAUUUCUCCUUAUUUUAAGGUUAAAUGGUUACAAGAUGAACAUGGUGAACUUGUCCUGGAGUGUGUCUGCUGUCGUGCUGACACAUCCUAGGACAUUGAGUGCACAUAUCAGCAAUAAAGAUUAAAGGUUCAUGCAGGAGCUGCAUAAUAAAUUUUGUUGCCAUUUGGUUAACCAGCAGUCAUGGCUUGGUUGGUAUGGGUAGCUCUGAUACCAGGGAAUGGUACUGGCAAGCAGGGUUUGUACAUUUGUUCUGGUACCCUUGUUUUCUUCAUUUUCUUUUCCUGUUCUUUUAACUUAAGUAGCUGAUUGAAAUGUAAUAGCAGUUUUCCAUUUCUUAAAUUCAUAGUUUGCAGGAUUGUCUUUUGUUAGAGGAGAAAGGUCUGACAACUGUUUUUUCUGCUCUGAAAGUAAGGCACAUGCACGCACACUGCACAUGUGUGGUUGAAUUGCUGCUUGUGCAAUUUAUGUGAAUGACUCAUGGGCUUGUUUGCAAUUAAAUUGAUCUAAAUACUGACAGCGUGAAGGACUGUUUGUCAAACCCCUCAAAUUUCUACAUGAUUUACCAAAACAAUUUAGAUCAUGUCAUGGCAUCAUUCAUUUAUAUGUUUACUCCUUGCUAUUCUUUGAUUGCUUGGUAUAUGUGCAAUGCAUAGUUUGGAUGUCAUAUUCCAUUUUUUCGCAGACCUGUGUACUAGGGCCCUAUCCCACAGCGCUGCUCUACAUACGAUUUCACGCUAACAGAGGCUACACAUAUUUCGUGGGGAUUGUAAGCAGUAAGCUUAGCCAAAGGCAUGCUAACCUUGGAUUAAAAUUUGCUUAAACUUAAUGGAACUCUCUAUGCGUGCACAACCAUGACAUUAGCCAAGCACUGCUAUGAAAUAUUGCAUAAGGUAAGCGAAUUUCUCGACUAAAGUAAGCACGGUUUUGCUGCUUACUGUUGAGGUGCUCCAUGAAAUUGGGUCCAGGUCUGUUUAGCUGCAUCAAUAAAUUUCAAAAGUAGUUCGAGAGAGCUUUGCAUUUUUUUUAUUCGGAGCUGAGAGGUGGGGCUUUGUCUGACUAUAAAUCUACUGGUACCAUUCCAUGAAGAUAAAUUACUGUCAGGUUUUAUGAUUCAAGGACAUGGUGCAGUCACAGGGAGCAAACGGCACUUAUUCAGUGGGGUUUGGUUGCUAAGAAACCAACAGGUUGCCAUGAAACAUUAAAAAAUGGACGGACCAUAACGAGUUUUCAGAUUUGGAUGUGAAUAGGUACAGUUAGAAAUUUGUUGCCAAGGCGGUAUCAUCUCAUUCUGAUGCCAUAACAACAGACUGUUGUCUGUUUGCACCUGAAGACUUUCUGGACUGCUUGUGACAAUGGGAGGAUCUGCGAAUUGUGUGACCAGUUGAUUAAAUUUGUAGAGGUUGUUUCUGUGCUGGAAGAAACUAGAUGGCUGACAAAUUCAGCAUAGCUUUGGUGGACCUUCAUGUCUACCUGGUGCCCAAGGAAGCCUGGAAUGAGAAAUACCGCAGUGCUUACAAUGAUGUCAUCGAUCAGACCAUCUCAGCCGGCUUCGUCAGAGUCUGGCCAGAGCUGAGUCUGUACUACCUCAGGAACCAGAUCCUGGAGCAGCUUGGCUACGAUGUGCUACCCACUGAGUAUGUGUUCCUCAGGAGUGUAGGUCGAUGCCUGACACAGGUGAAAUCCAGACAAGAGUUUGAAUUGAAAGUUAAAAACUUCAUACCUCCACAGACCCCCUUACCAGAGAUCUUUGUCAUGGAGGCUAAGCGAGAUCCCCUGAACCUGGCCUCGUUCACCAACCAUGAAAGAAUUGAAGUACUCGAAGAGGAAACAAUUAGCCCACUUAUGGAGGAAUCCAAAGGUACAGGCAAUAAUAGGACCCCAGAAUCUGAUGCUGAAAAUACUGGGACACGCCAUGCUGACUCAACAAGUAAACAAAGUGCAAUUAAGCUUCACAGUGGUCUAUUGCAUGUUGGACAGCGGGACGUUGGUGUCCAGCAUGCUUGGGACACCAGCCAGACGGCCCACGCUAAUCACCUUCCAGACAUCUCCAUGGGUACCCCCUCACCCAAUCAGAGUCCCCGUUUCAUGUGCCACCAUCACAACCAAUCAUCACAUGCCACUCAUCAGCACAAUGCUAACACAAAGAUUACCCACGAUGCAUCAGAUCCUUUACACAGCACAGUUGUAGUACAGCUAACCAACAAUACACCAAGAUCAUCUUCCAGAAUACCACAUCUAACACACAGAAGUUCACAGACAACCCCCAUGCCAGACUUGAUCAUUGCAAAUUCCAGACUGAGUUCUGGAAGCAGCAAUCCUUCACAAGGUGCCGCAUCACCUCCAAAGAGAAAAAUACUGUCAACGAGUAGCCCACCUCAGAAGCAAAUUCUCGGCUCACCACAGAGAAGCCCCCCUUUGUCAUCCAACAACAGUCUUCCACAUCUCACCCCACUGCCCCCUUGCCUUGACCAGACCGCCAAUGCCGAUUCCAGCCUGAACUCCACCACCAACAACAGUGCCGACAGCAGUGGUCGAGUGUCCACCAUCAUCCUCCCUUCUGAUCCUAUUAUUAACCACUCUAACCCUGGCCUAAGGACUCCACCUGUUUCCCAUCCUCACUCCAGCCAACAGGUGAAUGCUGCCCCAUCAUCUGUUCAUCACACUAACCCUAACAGUCCAUUUGUUGAUGUUUCCCCACCACCAGCUAGAACCUCUACUAACCCACCAUCGGAAGCGUCCAGCUCAGCCCACUGGGCUAUUCCUCAAACUUAUAGGGCUUUUCACGACGAGCACCAACCAUCCACGUGUGGUACAACUCCCAUCCCUUCCCAAAUCCCCAAUAUUACCCCAGGUGGUGUCCCCCCUUUGAACCUCCAUCAUCUCGAUGCCGUCAAGGGAAUGGAUCCAUCGACACCCCUCAAAUCAGGACGGCCAGAUACCUACACCAACAACACCAAUGAGGAUUCUGGUAUUGCCGAGUUUACCCCUGAUAGAAAUGAGCUGGACUAUGGACGGCAGCGGAGCGACUCUCUGGAAAGGAAGCAAAUGGCUGAGAAGCAGCAAACACCAAGGACGUUUGAAGUAAAUCCCAAGGGAAGACCUGAAGGUUUGGAUAGCAGGUUGCACUCAGCAGAGCCAGAACCUUUAGACAGAGCACACCUACAGGACAGUGCCAGGCAGCAUCCAGCACCAGAUAAUGCUGCAGCAGUGCAAGAGGCGGAGAGAUUAAGGGAAGAGGAAAGAGCCCGGCAAAGAGAGCACCAGAUCCAAGAAGCCACUGCUCAGGAGCAGGCGGAGAGGCAGAGGCAGCUGGAGUCGGCACGGCGGCGAGAGGCCGAGAGAUGGGAGAAGGAGAAGCAGGAAGAAGAGGAGAGGCAGAGACUCUUGAAGGCUCGGCAGCAGGAGUUGGAGAUGCAACGGCGGCAGGCACUGGCCGCCCAGGAGGCAGCUGCUGCGCAGCAAGCAGCAGCUACUGCCAAGGAGAAGGAAGAAGCAGCUGCAGCACUUCAGCAACGACUCCGGGACGAGGCAGAGGAGCGAGAACUGGAGGAGGAGAUCCGGAGACGGCAAGCGGAUGAGCUCCGGCAGAGCCGCCAGAUGUCCUGGGACCAGGCCCGCAGGAGGGAGCUGGAGGGGGUUACCCCGCUCAGCCAGCAGGCUGGCAGCAGCCAGCAGAAGGACUUGUAUGACCCUCAUGCCAGGGACUCUGUCAGGAAGGAAUACACUGGGGACUUGUCGGAUAGGAAGACAGUAGGGGGAGGAAGUACUAGACAAUCCGAGAGAACUCAAGAUAGUGCAUUAUUAUUGGAUGAUGCAGGAAGCAGUGUAGCUUCCAAUCGGGAUGGCACGAGUGCUGGAGAAGCAUCAGAGAAAACUCGCCAAACAACAGAGUCAGCAAAGGAGAGACUUGAAACAGAACGUGAAAGGUUAAUUGCUGAGCUACACGAGAGGCAGACAGUGAGAUUCGAUUUAGAGAGAACCCGGGAGGAGCUGAUGAGGCAAGCCAAGAUGUUGCAGUCACGAACCAAUGACCGCAGAAACAAAGACGAGGAUCUGGAUUCAGGGCUAAUGACCCUCGCAGCGAGGGACUACUGGAAGAAGCGAUACUUUGAGGAAAAGAAGAAGACUAACCCCUUGGAGGAGCAGGUGAACAGGCUGCGGAUCCAGCUAGACCAGCAGCAUCGCAAACUGCUCAACCAGCUGGAAGGCAGGGGUCCCAACCGGAGGGGCAUGCCUCGAGAGCCACCCUCCAAGAAGAAUGAUCACAAGAUCUUGAUCUUCAAGCUGAAGCACCAGAUCGAUGACCUCAAGAGGAGAGUGGAGAACUCCAAGAUGAAACUCACUUCAGAAAUCAAGCUUCGCAACCAAGCAGAGACCGAGUUGCGAAACUUGCGAUCGGACGUCAUGCAGCGCAAGAUCAACGUGACCGUGUCUCGCUCCCAACAACUCACCACCCUCAAGGAACUGGAGGAGAAACAGGGGGUGCGAACCACCCCCCUACGGGGCACCGGCGCGACCUCAUACACGCCCCGGGGGACCGUCAAAAUUGGGCUGAAGUAAGACACAUCCGGCCACCGUUUUUUUUGGACUGGAAGACAAGCAUUGCAUAAUGAUAGAUGUGUUGGUCCAUCUAUUUGCACACUUUGAAAAUGACAAAGGAGCGGUAUCUGGGCCAUAGUCGGUUUGGCUGGUCAAAGGGUAAAGGUCAAGUCUGAGGUCUUAAUUUACAUCUGAGUAAGGUAUAAAAGAUGGACAUCUGUCAAUUUCAGUCCUUUCUGCAAACUCUCAUCAAUCAACAUUUUCUGUUGUACCACAUUCAGCACCCCAUACUUGGAAGUUAGCCUGUUUGCACUGAAUACUGUUCACCUUUUUUUUGGAAGUCGAAUUUGACUGCAGCUCUGUGCACCAUCACAUGCACGUGUUGCCAGGACAUGCCUAGGAACCUAUUCCCAGUGGAUAAACUGUAACCCAAAGGCAAAGCACACAAAAAUCAUUCACCAUGGAGUUGUUUUGCUGGUGGAAACUGUUCAUAAUCGGUCAUCAGUAUGGUGCAGAUGGGUUUUGGAGUACUAGCAUCCACCUGCAGUCUGAUGGCCGACAAUAAUUUGAUGACAAUAUCUUCUUCAAUUUUUUAAGUAUUCAGUCUGCAUGCAUGAAUAUGAAAUAUUCUCUUAAUGGCAAUAAAUGUAAUUCUAGAAUCAGUAUGUACCCGUAGUUAAAAUGAAAACCUCAUUCUUUUAUGUUUUGUAAUCCAAGUUGAAGUGUACAGUUGCUAGAUUUUAUUUAUUCAUCCACUGCUCAUUAAAACAUUUUUAAAAUGUACGUAGUGCUCAUAAAUUUGUAUUUUAUCCACACGUAUAGGUACUCUGAAAACUGAAAGAAAAUUAAACUUCAAGAGGGUCUGGAAGCAUGUGGAUUUUUUGGGGGGUUCCAAAGAAAUCCACUUGGUUCGCUUUGGCUCGGUUUUUGGAGACACUAGGCCUAAUCAAAUCUAUCUUGAUAUAAAAGGGAAUUGUUUAACUCGUCAUAUUUACAUUGUUUUAUCUUCAAAACAGAGCAGAGUUUUCUCCACUUUUUGUUUCCAAGACAUUGUUUGCAGUAUCCUUCUUCAAAAUGAGCUAGCCAAAUGAACAUAUGCAUCAUAAUUUAUCAGGUUUUUCUCCAAAACGACCAUUUAUAGACUUUACUUUCUGGUCUAGGUUUAAGUUCAUGGUUUUCGAAGAACAAAUAAAAUUCCUGAAUUUAUUUUCUUGUCAAAAAAAUUUGCUGCUGGGUGUUUUCUGUGAGAAAUCCGAGUUACAAUGAUUUUUCAAUGUCGAGGUUGGGCCAUUCAAGUUGAAAACCAACAGAAAUGUUAUGAAAUAUCUCACCUCUGCCACAUAAUCAAUGGCAUGAUAUGUGCAUAAAUAGCCCUGGUUGAAUGAAGUCUUUACCACAAAGCUCAUGCAGGACUUUGAAGGAGGCAUUCAGUAAUGCUAGCAUCGACUUUAACACACCAAUUGCUCCAUCAACAAAUACACCUAUAUACAUACUGAAGUUUAUUCUCAUUGAUUGAAAGUGAAUAAAGGAAAUGGCACAGGUAUAAAUGCUGUACUAAUGACAAGUGUUUUGAACAAAAGAAAGAAAACAAAAGGAAAGAGAUUGUGAAAUAUCUUGAAAUGCAAAUACACAACUGAAUAUGAGCUGCUCUAUCAAAAUGAAGAAUAAACAGCUGCUCUUACAUUGA